ACCUGAGCGAGCAUCAGCAAAAGAAAUAAGCAAGAAAAAGAAAGAAAGAAAGAGAGAAAAAAAACACAACAACACCAACAAAAUGAUUAUGGAGGCAACAGAUCUUUCCACUCAAGCAAAGGCUUUCGAUGAGUCGAAAUCCGGCGUGAAAGGACUUGCGGAUUCUGGAAUCAAAGAGCUUCCGGCGAUGUUCCGUGCACCUCUCUCUGCUUUAGAAAACCUAAGACCACCACCUUCGAACUUCAAGAUCCCCUCCGUCGAUCUAAACGGAGGAAACGUGAACCGCAAGAAUCAUCAAGACUUGCGGCGUAGCGUGGUGGAGAAGAUCGGAGAAGCAGCUGAGAAAUGGGGUUUCUUCCAGGUGACCAAUCACGGGAUCCCUCUCGAGGUGUUGGAGAAGAUGAUCGAAGGAACUCGUCGGUUUCAUGAGCAGCCCACUGAAACCAAGAAACGCUUUUACUCUCGUGACUUCACCAGCGACCUUUACUACGCAAGUAACUUCGAUCUCUACAGUAUUCAGGGAGCUAGUUGGCGAGACACUAUGGGUUGUUAUACGGCCCCUAACACUCCUAGCCUAGAGAACUUGCCCUCGGUUUGUGGGGAGAUAAUGAUUGAGUUCUCAAAGCAAAUGAUGAAUCUAGGUGAAUUGCUCUUUGAGCUUCUAUCAGAGGCUUUGGGGUUAAACCCUAAUCACCUCAAGGACAUGAGCUGCUCCAAGUAUCAAGUGAUGUUUGGACAAUACUACCCACCUUGCCCUCAGCCUGACCUAACUUUAGGCUUAAGCAAGCACACCGAUUUUUCAUUUCUCACUGUCCUUCUUCAAGACAAUAUCGCAGCUCUUCAAGUUCUCCAUGACCAAACCUGGAUUGAUGUUCCUACUGUCCCUGGAGCUCUUGUCAUUAACAUUGGAGAUCUCCUCCAGCUUAUAACCAAUGACAAGUUCUUUAGCGCGGAGCAUAGAGUGAUUGCGAAUGGAGCUUCUGAGCCUCGGAUCUCAGUGCCAUGUUUCUUCAGCUCGUUCAUGAAGCCGAAUCCUUGUGUAAUAGGACCCAUCAAAGAGCUUCUUUCCGAUGAAAACCCUGCCAAGUAUAGGGACUUAACCAUCGACGAGUUCGCAGACAUCUUCAGGUCAAAAACGAUCAGUGCUCCUGCGUUACACCACUUCAGGAUCUAAGUGUUUUUGUGUUUCUUACCUUCUCCCCUACCACCAUUGCUGAUCUAUCAACCACUCAUGGUUUAU